AUGGAGCCCUGGUGCAGGGCACGGGCCUGCAGGCAGGGUCCCCGGGGCCCCGGGACGUCUGCCCCCUACUACGCCCCCGCCGUUCUCCUGCUGCUGCUGCUGCUGAGGCCCAUGGGUUGCUUGGGCGCAGGCGAAGCACCAGAGGCGCUAUCCAUGCCUGCUCCCACUGACGCUGGCACCCCCUGUGCCCCCAGUGCCACCUGUUCUUCAGCCUGCGGCUUCUCCUACGAGCAGGACCCCACCCUCAGGGACCCAGAGGCCAUGGCUCGGCGGUGGCCGUGGAUGGUCAGUGUGCGGGCCAAUGGCACACACAUCUGUGCAGGCACCCUUAUUGCCUCCCAGUGGGUGCUGACCGUGGCCCACUGCCUGAUCCAGCGGGACGUUAUCUAUUCAGUGCGGGUGGGGAGCCCAUGGAUUGACCAGACAGCGCAGACUAGUUCUGACGUCCCGGCAAGCCAGGUCAUCGUGAACAGCAAGUUCCGGACUCGUCGGUACUGGUCCUGGAUCGGCCAGGCCAACAACAUUGCCCUCCUCAGGCUUGAGUGGGCACUCAAGUACAACAAGUACGUCUGGCCCAUCUGCCUGCCUGGCUUGGACUAUGCAGUGAAGGACCACUCCCUCUGCACUGUGACGGGCUGGGGCCUCCCCAGGGCUGAUGGUGGAUGGCCCCAGUUCCGGACCAUUCAGGAGAAGGAAGUCACCAUCCUGAACAGCACGGAGUGUGACCACGUCUAUCACAGGCUCUCCAAAAUCCCCUCUCUGGUUCGGAUCGUCACCUCCAAGAUGAUUUGUGCGGAGGACUUGGACAGGGAGGAGUUCUGCUAUGAGACAAGUGGUGAGCCCUUGGUCUGUCCUGUGGAGAGCACGUGGUACCUGGUGGGGAUGGUGAGCUGGGGCCCCGGCUGCAAGAAGAGCCAGCCCCCGCCCAUCUACCUGCAUAUCUCCUCCUACCAGCACUGGAUCUGGGAGCGCCUCAACCGGCAGGCUCGGCCAGCUCCAGCCAGGGCCCUGCUCCUGGUGCUGCCACUGCCCCUCAGCCUCCUUGCUGCCCUCUGACACUCUAGUGCCGUCCCUGGGGGCGCCCUCCCUUG